CUCUGGGCGGACCUCGAGAGCGACUUCUUGAAGUUCACAUGCCUGUGACCGGGCCCCGGCCCGCCCGCCACUCGGAGGACCGGGCGAUGCGGGUGGCCGCCUCCGGGGCGCUGGCCACGCUGGCGAGCUGCUGCGAGGAGGUCGCCGCUGCGCUGGGCCGGAACGAGAGCUUCGGGCACCUGCUGGAGUCCCUCGCGCGGGGCGCGGACGCCGACGUGCAGCACAGGGCCACUGUUGCUGUCUCUGCAGUCUGCGUCGCCGAGGGCAGCCCAGCGGAGGC